AAUAUUAUUAGAUGCUAAUAAAAUAUAAAAAUAUCUCAUGAUAUAAAGAAGGAAUAAAGUAUAAAACCCAUGGGGCUUAGGGUUUUACUGAACUUCUGAGUAACCUUUUCCUUUCUUCCGAUCGUCUCCUUCACAUCCAUCCCCGCCGCAGAUCAAUCAAACGACAAGAGAACUGCUACCAACGCCACCGGCACGGCGGGGCAAAUCCUCAUCCCUCGCCAAAAGGUAUCAGCUUCAAAUUUCAUCCGGUGAACGUGUAGCGGACGGGGGAAGUGUUUUUGAGGAAUAAUGGCGGAGUUUCACUUCGAUGAAAUAAUUAAGGUUGUCAAGAUCGAUAGCCAAGUAGUUUACGACAAAGUUUCCCGAAUAAAUGCCAAGAGUGAAGAUGGGGAUUUUUAUUUGGAAUUAGAUAUUCACUCUGAGUUAUAUCCUAUGCUUCCCCGUGAAAAAUAUCGGAUGGUGAUUUCAAACUCCAUACUUAUGGAUGGUUCAGCUGUGCCGGGCUACAUCUCGGAGGAACAGAAGUCACUUGCUGACAAAUUUGAGUACGUUAUGCAUGGUCUUCUGUAUAACAUGUCGGAAGCUGAUGACAGUAAUAUAUCCAUAUACAUUUCAUUCGGGGGUCUACAGCUGAUGCUAAAAGGCAAUCCCCUGAAGAUGCGAAAAUUCAACAUUGAUCAAAAGCUCUUUCUUCUCUUGAGGAAGGUCUGAAAUGCAUUAAGUUUUUGAAAAGACAAUGUUCAUGUUAAAUAACCCCAGUUUUCAUCCCGACAAUUUAAUGUUUUAAUGACCAGUCUUGGAGUUUCCAAUACAAUUGUAGUUUCUAAAGCAUGAAUGCCCUCACUAGCUAGAUCAAGAAUUCGGCUAAAAUAAUAAAUUAAUGUUCAUAAAGUAAUUCAUUUUUUUGAGGACUAUGACAUAUUAUAUUUGACAUCUAUAUUGAUGGUUGUUUCGGUUU